AUUCAGCAUAAUGGAAAUUAUCUAUUAAUUGCUACAUAUGAAGAGUCAAUUGUUGAAUAUGAAGAGGAAUAUAAAAUAGAGAAUAAUAACGAACAAGAGCUACAAAAUGUUUAUUCAAAUUUUAAACCACUUGAAAAGAUGAUUGAUGAUAUUGAAACUCUUGAAAAUCAACACAUUAUGCUAAAAACAUUCAAGGAUUUUAAUCGCAAUACACUAUAUUGGGAUUGA